GUUCACUGAGCAAACCUCUUAACAACGAAAUCAGCGACUGCUUCGGGGGCAGUUUCCACCUUGAAUACAUCACACAGUACUGUACAGCCUCGACAGGGCUCUUGAUCACGCGAAGGCACGUAGGGGGUUUUGAAGAAAAUAUGUCUGAGAAGGACCCUAAAACAUCUCAGGACCUGACUGUUGUGGUACAGACCUUGCUGCAGCAGAUGCAGGAUAAGUUCCAGACCAUGUCAGACCAGAUUAUUGGGCGAAUUGAUGAGAUGAGUACGCGAAUCGAUGACUUGGAGAAGAACAUCUCCGAUCUCAUGACUCAGGCAGGUGUGGAGGAGUUAGAGGAGGAGACAAAAGUCACCGAGACCUCUGGAACAGCUUGAAGGCAAUGACCAACAGCAUCCUAGUAAGCACUGCCAAGGAACACAGUGAGGACCUUCUACUGCAGUAUCAGAAUUUUUCAAUGAAAUGUGAAUUAAUCCUUUUUUAAGUAAUUCAUUAAAAAUGGUGCUUGCCUAUGCGUAUUACAUAAUAUAUUACAUGCUGUAAGGUUAACACUAUAUUACUGGACAGAAGAUAAACAAAUUAAAACUUGUUUUUGUAUUUAUUCAUUGCAAUCACAGGGGAAAUCAUGUGAUUCCUGCAUGUUUUGCUGAUUAUUAAAAACUCCAUGAAAUGA